CAAAGGGUCAAAACUGGGAAGAUCUCUUUUUGCAGGUCUAUAAUGAGGUUUCUUGAAAUCUUGUUGGUUCUAACAGUCACCUCCAUGACAUGUCCAACUGCUUAUAGCAGAGGUGGUGGAUGGUCUAAUGCCCAUGCUACCUUCUAUGGAGGUUCUGAUGCUUCUGGUACAAUGGGGGGAGCAUGUGGGUAUGGAAAUUUGUAUAGCCAAGGAUAUGGCACCAACACAGCUGCAUUGAGUACUGCGCUGUUCAACAAUGGACUUGCCUGUGGAGCUUGCUUUGAGAUCAAAUGUGUAAAUGAUCGCAGAUGGUGCCGUCCAGGUUCCAUCAUAGUCACAGCUACAAACUUCUGCCCGCCAAACAGCGCACUGCCAAACAACGCUGGAGGGUGGUGUAAUCCUCCCCAACAACACUUUGAUCUUGCUCAACCGAUCUUCUUGCGAAUCGGUCAAUACAAAGCUGGAAUAAUACCAGUUCAAUAUAGAAGGGUUGCUUGCAAGAAGAGAGGUGGAGUGAGGUUCACAAUCAAUGGUCACUCAUACUUCAACCUGGUGCUACUGACCAACGUAGGUGGUGCCGGUGACGUUAUAUCGGUCUCUAUCAAGGGCUCUAAAAGCAGGAAUUGGCAACCAAUGUCUCGCAAUUGGGGUCAAAACUGGCAAAGCAAUUCUUUUCUUGAUGGUCAAGCUCUAUCCUUCAAAGUCACAACAAGCAAUGGCAGAACAUUGAUUUCUAACAAUGUCACUCCUCCUAACUGGACUUUUGGACAGACCUACACCGGAAGGCAGUUCUAAACCUCAUAACUUCAAAGUUCCCUUUUCUUGUUCUUUACAUUAACAGUAGCUACGAUAUUCAAGUAUGGUAUACGAUAGUAAGUGACUAUAAUGUAAUAUAGUGAUAAUAUAGACCAACUCCAUGGGCGCAUUUUGGACGGCCCAUGGGAUUGGAUACCUAAACUAAAGGUCCAGGAAAUCUAUCCUGGACUCUUUUAGACAGCCCCCCUAAAAAAGAACACCAAAAAGGCUUGGUGGCUUGGUGUGGCGGUGUCUUUUCUUAGUCUAUGCAACUCUAGCGUCCUAAAGAUACUCAAAAGUUAGUUAUCUGUGUACUUUUUGGAGGUGCAGGGAUGAGUCGACAGCAUCGUCUGUCAAAUGUGGUGUCAAAGAUUCCCCAAUGUAUGUUUCUUAUUCAUAAUGAGAA